AUGGCAGUCCUUAACUUGAAACGUGAAACUGUCGACAUUGAAGAGACAGCGAAGAAAGAUAUCAAACCUUAUUUUGCUUCGAAUGUUGAAGCGGUUGAUAUUGAUGAAGAUCCCGAUGUUUCAAGAUACGAUCCCCAGACAGGAGUGAAAAGGGCGCUCAAAAAUAGGCAUAUCUCAUUGCUAGCUUUGGGUGGUGUUAUUGGCCCAGGUUGUCUUGUUGGUGCAGGAAACGCACUCAACAAAGGUGGGCCACUUGCUUUACUUUUAGGCUUUAGUAUUAUUGGGAUCAUUGCUUUCUCAGUGAUGGAAUCUAUAGGUGAAAUGAUCACUUUAUAUCCCUCGGGCGGUGGAUUUACCACUUUGGCUCGAAGAUUUCAUAGCGAUGCACUGCCUGCAGUUUGCGGUUAUGCUUACGUUGUUGUGUUCUUCGCAGUUUUGGCAAAUGAGUACAACACUCUCUCCUCCAUACUACAGUUUUGGGGCCCACAAGUCCCUCUAUAUGGUUACAUCUUGAUAUUCUGGUUUGCAUUUGAAAUUUUUCAACUAGUUGGCGUUGGUCUUUUUGGUGAAACGGAGUACUGGCUUGCUUGGUUGAAAAUAGUAGGAUUAGUAGCCUAUUAUAUUUUCUCGAUUGUUUACAUAUCUGGGGAUAUUAGGAAUAGACCAGCUUUCGGCUUUCAUUAUUGGAAUAGUCCAGGUGCAUUAUCACAUGGGUUUAAGGGAAUUGCGAUAGUGUUUGUGUUUUGUUCGACCUUCUAUUCUGGAACGGAAUCAGUUGCCUUGGCUGCAACGGAAUCAAAAAACCCUGGGAAGGCUGUGCCACUUGCUGUUCGACAAACUCUGUGGAGAAUUUUAGUUGUUUAUAUUGGAAUUGCUGUUUUCUAUGGAGCAACUGUUCCGUUUGACGACCCAAACCUCUCUGCUUCUACCAAAGUCCUAAAAUCUCCCAUUGCUAUCGCCAUAUCUCGUGCUGGUUGGGCCGGCGGAGCUCAUCUGGUUAAUGCCUUCAUUUUGAUAACUUGCAUCUCCGCCAUUAAUGGGUCACUUUAUAUAGGGAGCAGAACCUUGACGCAUUUAGCACAUGAAGGCCUAGCUCCAAAAAUUCUGGCUUGGACCGAUCGAAGAGGCGUUCCCAUCCCCGCCAUCACUGUUUUCAACGCCUUGGGCCUAAUAUCAUUGAUGAAUGUGAGCGUUGGAGCUGCAAAUGCGUACUCUUAUAUCGUUAAUCUUUCUGGUGUUGGCGUCUUUAUUGUCUGGGGUGUAAUAAGUUAUACGCACCUGAGAAUAAGGAAGGCGUGGGUUGCUCAAGGAAGAUCCAUAGAAGAGCUACCUUAUGAAGCGCUAUUUUAUCCGUGGACGCCAGUACUUAGUCUGGCCGCUAACAUUUUUCUAGCACUCAUCCAAGGAUGGAGCUAUUUCGUACCUUUUGAUGCGGGCAAUUUUGUUGAUGCUUAUAUCCUUCUGCCUGUUGGAAUUUUAUUGUAUAUUGGCAUAUGUGUUUUUAAGAGCAAUCAUUUUAGAACUGUUGAUUUGCGGUCAAUCAACCUAGACGAAGGACGAAGAAAAGACAUGGAGGCUGAUCUUUCUGAUCAAGAGAGUAGCUUAGCAUCUUCGGAAACGAUGAAGGAUUAUAAAAGUGCAACUUUUUUCAGAUACCUCAGCAACAUUUUCACCUGA